GCAUCACCACAUUGAAUCCCUGAUCUGACGCGCCUGUUUCCCCCAACCUGCUGUCUCUCAAUCCCUCAAACGGACCAUGUCUCUCUGUCUAUCUCAGCCGCCCCAGAUAACUACUGUCUAUGCACUCCGUAUAAGCCGAGAGAUGCAGACGACUUUGACCUGCAGUUUGUGGCAAGCCAUUAUCCCACCACUCCACCAGUACUCGUGAACCUUCUCCCUGCAUUCGCAUGGAUCCUCCCGAACCCCCUUCGCUACCCCCGUCCCCCAUUUCCCCCAUCCCCCCCUUCCGGUCACAUAAGACUCAGAGACACCUGCAAUCGCUCGCGCGGAUUGGAUUGUGAGAGCUACUCCCAUUCCGCAUCACGAGCGCUGUCAGACUUCUACCAUGGACCCGGGAACCCCUUCACCUCGAAUAGAUGCCUCGCCGCUGUCGCUGCUACUGUCGCUGUCGCCCACUGCUAUUGUAGCGAUUGCCUUCGUCCUCUACAACCUCGGCUUAAUUUUCCAUCGUCUGUUCCUCCAUCCGCUCGCGAAGUUCCCUGGCCCAAAACUCGCUGCCGUUACAUCCUUGUACGAGGCAUACUACGAAAUCCUCCUCAAGGGACAGUAUUCGCGUAAAAUCAGCCAACUUCACGAUAAAUACGGACCAAUCAUUCGUGUGACCCCAAACGAGAUUCACAUCAGAGAUAGUCGCUUCUUCGAGACAUUCUACACCAAGACCCAACAUCCAAACAAAGAUGGCUGGGACAACCGCUUCGGGAGCGAGCAUUCGGUCCUCACUACCGUGAACGGAGCUUUUCACAAGCGUAGGCGCGCCGCCUUGAAUCCCAUGUUCUCGCGGCGCUCCAUUCUCAACUUCAUCCACAUCCUCGAACGGCAUAUCGACACCUUUGCCACCCGCAUCAAUGAAUUCGAAGCCCGCAAGGAACCACUCAACCUCAGCCAUGCUUUCCCUGCCCUGACCGGCGACAUCAUCAUGGACUAUUUCUUCGGCUUCAACUACGCCCAACUCAAGAACCCGGAAUUCGAAUCCUUUCACGAGGCAUUCUCCAAGAUCGGUGCGACCGGCCACCUCGCGACCCAAUUCCCUGCCAUCCUCCCCCUCAUGAACGCCAUCCCAGACUCCAUCACCGAAUGGCUCCAACCCGCCGCAAAGCCCCUCCUGAAGUUCAAGCGCGACCAAUGGGACGUUGUGGGCCGGACCCUCAAAGGCGAAAACGUCAAGACCAACGACGCAAAGAAGACCAUCUUUCAGGAGAUCCUGACCAGCAGGCUUCCCGACGAAGACAAGUCGCAUCGCCGACUGGCGGAUGAAGCGCAGAUCGUCGUGGGCGGCGGCGUCGAGACCACAGCAUUCACCCUUUCCAUCGCAUCCUUCCACAUCAUCAACACCCCGCGCAUCUACGAGCGCCUGCACGCCGACCUCGUCGCCGCGUUCCCCAAUCGCGCCGCGCCCCUCGAUCUCGUCAAAUUGGAAUCGCUCCCCUAUCUCAAGGCCUGCAUCAUGGAGGCGGCGCGCAUGUCGUACGGCCUCUCCGCGCGCAACCCGCGAACCCACGACAAACCCUUCACGUACGGCGGGUAUGUCAUCCCAGCCGGGACGUCGGUCGGCAUGACGAUCUCCGAGGUCUCGCAUGACGAGAGCAUCUUCCCGGACUCGAGGGCAUACAUCCCGGAGAGGUGGCUCGACGAACCUAAGACGAGGGAUGGUGUUCCGUUGGACAAGUUCAUGGUCAGCUUUGGGCGGGGGACCAGGAGCUGUUUGGGUAUCAAUCUUGCCUGGACAGAACUAUAUCUCACGCUGGGGAUGAUGUUCCGUCGCUACACGUUCGAGCUUUUCGAGGCGGACGUGACUGACGUGGAAAUGGGUCACGACUUCUUCAUUCCGGUGGUUCGGACAGACUCGAAGGGUGUCAGGGUGUUCGUGACUUCUACCACAAACUAGACUCCGAUACUGUUAAAUCAAACGGACGGAUGUGGUCUUGAUAUGUGGUUUCAAGAUGUCUAGUAGAAGGUAAUGGUAGGACGACUGGGAUGUACAUAGGGCUUUGCUUGUCAAUGACGUCGAUAUACCCGAUUUCCCUUUUGACGUUCCUCAUAUCUCUACCUCAACUUGAGUUCAUUGAUGAUCAUGAAACAAAUGUCUUUGGUAACUGCGAUGCAAUAAGAACAAUCCACCAUAA